AUGAAAUUCCUGACAACGAACUUUGUGAAGUGCGCAGUGAAGGCGUGCGACGCUAGCGAUGCGUCGUUUCCUCUGAAAUACGACGAGUGCGAGCUGGAACUACAGGAACACGAGUACAACCAGGAGUUUCUGAUCUCGAUGGUGGACAGAUUGGACUGGAACGCAUUGGUGCGAGUGGCUGCCGAUCUGGGCAACACUGCUUUGCCGGUCACGAAACCGGAAAACUUGGUGGAAAACGAGCAGAUGCUCAAGGAUUUACAUAGCCUGUUGCUGGAAACACAGAUAACCAACGGCAAGAUGACCUGCAAAAACUGUGGGCACAUCUACUACAUCAAAGACUCGAUCGCCAACUUCCUACUGCCUCCUCACCUGGCCAACUAA